AUGUUUCCCAAUUCUCUUCUUUUUGCUUUCAUAGCCACUUGCCUCUUCCUCGCCAAUGUUGGUGUUGAAGCUAGUCUCGAAGCUACUGCAGGCGCCGACUUCCACACAAAACCAACGCCCAUCACCGUGGCUUCCUCGCUCAGCGUCAGUCCGCAUGGCACAAACCCAUUCGGUAUCUGCUCGCUCCCAUUUGCUGAAGAAAAUCAAGUCUUUAAACCGGCUACCGGUCCUGAUGCUCUCCCGGUUCAAAAGUUUGUCACCGAAGCCCGAAAGAACGGCGCCGUUUGCCAGUGGUUUGUCCCUGACGAUAUGAAAUGUGUAGAGCAAGGUGGAAAGGGGGAUAUGAGCGCCAGCGAUGUGAUUUGGUGGCAACAGGCAUUCUGCAAGCGUUGUUCCGACGCUGGUGGAAAGAACGGAGAGGAAUUCAACUGUCCGGAUGAUUCGGACAGUGCAGAGACGAAGGUGGAGGAGAAGAAGAAGUAG